AUGAAGAGGAAAGAGGAAAAGCGAUCCCUUCUCAUCCCUCCCACGUCGCGUCCUCUUGAUGACCUCCAAUGGCCGGACAUUGAGGCACAUAACCACCCGCACGACUUGGAGCUAAUGGCGUCCCAGCGGGGUGUAUACUUCGCCCUUGCCGCUCUCCUGCUCUGCGUUCUUAUUUACUUUUUGCCAUCCCCAAGUGAUCUUUCUCUCGAGGACCUGUCCCCGUACGUUCAGAUCCCGUUUGGUGCACUCAAGAUGAAACUGACGCAACUUGAUCAUUUCAUGUUUGCGACGAUCCAUGGGUACGACUAUAAGAUUUUCAAAGCACCCAGCCCGCAAGGCCUCCACGGGACCUGGAGCAAGGUAUCUGCCAUCAGGCAGGCGCUGCAAGACUAUGAAAUCGUCGUGUUUCUGGACGCAGAUGCGAUCAUCCGCUACCCUCAUCUGCCUUUCGAGUGGCUCUUCAAUUAUUGGGGCAUUAAUGAGAAUACCCGAGUCGCCAUGGCGCUGGACCCGGACGAGCCACAGAACAAAGAUUCCCAAGGAGUAACUUAUCUCAAUACAGGGUUUGUCGUGGCCCAGCAAAGCCUGGAAACAAAUGAACUCUUCGAUGCUUGGGAGUCGUGCCCUUCCGAGGUCCGGUAUCCAAAUUGCUCCUGGUGGGCCGAAGAAUGGCCUCAUGAGCAAGCCGCGUUCGGAGAGUACCUGCGCUAUGACUUUGAGCCAGACGAUGUCAAAGUACUUCCGUGUGCUGAGGCGAACGGGUACCCUGAGUUGGAGAAUUCAACGUGUCAUGGCGAAUUUAUCCGCCACUACUGGACGGCCAAACAUCUGGUGCCGGCUGCUGUUGACUAUUCGAUCGCGCAGUACAGCAUACGAGAGGCUCAUUCCAUCUUUCAUCAAGAUCUUGAGAAGCUGCUGGUGAACAUGACCGGGCCAGUAUCUCCGCACUACUAA